UCCCAGCACUCACAUCACAGAGGCCAACAGAUCUCUGAGUUCGAGGCAAGUCUGGUCUACAUAGCAAGUUUUAGAACAUCUGGGGCUACAUAGUGAGACCCUGACUCAAAAUCAACAGGGUUGGAGGGUUUGAGGGGUGAGAGUUGAGGCCUACCUACACUCCAGAUUAAGACAUACAUCAUAUCCAAGUAUUCAAAGUUUGUUUCAUGAAGUUAAUAUACAGCCCAGACCAUGGUAACUGGCGUGAUCACUACACACUAUCUCAACCAAAGCUCCCUAUUCUGGAAGCCAAGUCUUGGGGACUUUCUCCUGGUGAAGCCCACUCCCCCCCACCAAGAAGAGGACAUUGGAUUCCCUGGGACAGGAGUUACAGGUAGUUGUGAGCCACCAUGAGAGUGCUGGAGAUCAAACCAAGGGUGCUCUUAGCCAUUGAGCCAUCUCACCAGUCCCAGUGUUCACUUACUAAACCUGGACACCCGGGGAGGUGUGUGUUAGCCAUUGAUUGACCCACAGUCUAGAAUGAACAAGCAAAGGAGGUGACCACUCAAUAGGGGAAAACCUUGAAACUAAGGUAAUCAGUUCAUUAGUUGUUUGUUUUUAACUGUUAAAAAAUGUAUGAAUGUUCUCCAUGCAUUUAUGUCUGUGCCUAGAGACUCAGAAGCCAGAAGAGGGCAAUGGAUCCCUUGAAACUAGAGUUACAGAUGGUUAUGAGCCACCAAACCCCAGUCUUACCCACUGAGCCAUUUCUCCAACCUCUCGUUGGUUUAAUUUGUGUGUGUGCACUGAGCACAUACCUCAGUCAUUUGUUCUGAAAACUGAAACAGUGUUUAAGAUGUUCGAUUGGAGAUUCUGUCUUAACCCUGGACCUAGCAUAGCACACCCAGACCUAUGUGUGAUAAAUUCACUGGUUCCACCCUGGCAGGACAGGAACCCAAUCACAGCCACCAACUUCUAGCUGGCCCAUGGCUUCAGAGAGCUCAAGACAAUGAGAUGUAUGCAGGCUGUCCCAAAAAGGAGUUUGUCCAAGCCCUGGUGAAGCUCUCAGGUAUUUUACAAACUAUUUGGUCUCUGGACCCAGUACAAUUUGGAGAUUUUGAUUUGGUUUUGCCUCUAUCCUGGCUUGCCUCAUAUAUUUGCCCCAAUCCCAUGAAGCCACUCACAAACUGAAGCAGAAAAUUUACCUUUCACCCUUAGCCCAUCACUGCCACCAAGUUGGGCAGCAGUGGCCCUAUUUGGCCAUCUGAGCUGGGGCACCAGAUAUCCUAGGGCCAAGGCCAUGCCUGACCUGCUUUCGAAGGUUCUUCUCUGGCAUUUUUGUCCUUGCCACACAGACUUACUUUCCCACAAUCUGCCAGGCCUCAGAGUUUUGCACAUCACCCCAGAACCAAAGGCCUAACCCAGCUAGCUACCCAGCAGUUGGAGCUGCCUCUCCUCUGGCCCCGCCCCAAUUCACGUGGCACCACCCUGGCCACAACUCCCGCCUCCCACCAAUUCUGCGGCCAUGGUUGCGCUCAAGGGCAUUCCGAAGGUGCUGUCCCCGGAGCUGCUGUUCGCGCUUGCGCGGAUGGGGCACGGAGACGAGAUUGUUCUUGCAGAUGCGAACUUCCCUACUUCCUCCAUCUGCCAGUGCGGGCCUGUAGAGAUCCGAGCAGAUGGCCUAGACAUCCCACAGAUCCUGGAGGCUGUGCUGAAGCUGCUGCCCCUGGACACCUAUGUGGAAAGCCCGGCUGCUGUUAUGGAGCUCGUGCCCAGUGACAAGGAGAGGGGCCUGCAGACCCCCAUAUGGAACCAUUAUGAAUCCCUUCUGCUCAAAGCUGACUGCAAGAAAGCCCUGAUGAAAAUAGAGAGAUUUGAAUUUUAUGAGCGUGCAAAAAAGGCAUUUGCUGUUGUUGCCACUGGGGAGAUGGCGCUCUAUGGAAACAUUAUCCUCAAGAAGGGAACUCUUGACCUUGAUCACUCAUAGAGACCACCUGAACCCAAUCAGCAGGUCACCCCUUUACAGCACCCAGACCUGGACCCCAGUCUGGGGUUCAGGAAAUUGGCAGAUCUUGAGUGACGGCUGACCCUGGCAGAGAUUUCCUCCUUCCCUGAUUUGUGAAAUUGAAAGGGGAGGGGAGAAUAGUCACUGUCAAUCUUUAAAGGUUUUGUAUGCCUAAAA